UGCGCUGCACCACAGAAAGAGACCAGCCCAUGCUCCCAUCUCUGAUUCUCCCUCUUUCACUCUCUGUCUGCCUCAUUCUCUCUAACAUACAAACACACACACAUAGACAGACACGUGCUGCAGGGAAGAUCUGAGCGCUGGGUCGCUGAGCAUUCAGAUCCCCCUCCCCUACUUCUUUCAUCUCACUCCCUCUCCCUGUUCACCUUGUCUGUUCUGGCUGUAUGGUUUAUUAUUGCGUCAGAGACAGAGAGAGCCAGCGAGAAGCAUGCCAGGAGAGAGCACCCACAGAUCUGUCCCUUCUGAGAAGCAACCAGAGCGGGGAGCUGAGGAAACAGGGCUCCAAGGACCAGACAUGACCAGACACCCAUCUACUGACUCCACCCCAAGUGACAGUGGUUCCUCCCCCAGUGACAGUGGUUCUAGCCCUUCUCCCACCACUCCACAGAAACUUCUCCCAGCUUGCACUUCUCCAUUUGGGCCACGACUGUUUCAUGUACCACCCAACUCCUCUGGUUCUCCAAGGCCACAGCCUGAAGGCUCUGACCACCGCAACACGCCCAGACUGUCUGGAAAAUUAGGUGGUCAUGGGCCGUGUGGCCGUCAUGUACCUGUAAAGAUGGAGAGAAUAAAGGUCCUGACUGGUUUUGAGGUGGAGAGCGACUAUCAAGAGCCACAGACCAUUGACACAAGGGUGGUAAUGGGUGAAGAGACACUGCUCAAAACAACAGACAACCAGAAAGGGAAUACCCCAGUUAAGCCAAGUGGCCAAGCUAUCCCUUUGCCAGAUAUUCCAAGGCUUUCUCAUCCUCAGGCCCAAAUAAAAGAAAGACACCUCGAAACCAGCAAAGAGGAAAGCCAAUCACAAAUCCCUAAAAAACAGGAAGAUCAGGAAAAAGACCCUGUACAGCCCUCAGUCACCCACCCUUGUCCAUCUUCUCCAGAGCUCAUCACUACAGAUGGUAAUUUAACAGACAACAAGAAAGAAGAUGAGACCCUCUCCCAAGAUGAAGUGCCUUCACUCUCUUUUUCUGAGCUGGCCUGUCCAGUUGCUUUGUCCUUCUCUGAGCCAGCUUAUGCUGUUGACCCCCUACGAGUGGGUGUUCCCUCAUCUCUUGACCCAGAGCUUUACUAUACUGCUCCUUCCACCCCAAUCAAGAUGGCUACCCGCUCUUCGCACUUAAAACAUCACUCAUAUCCUGGGUCCCCAGUCUCCCCUCUCUCCCCUGGUUCUCCCUCAGACAGCGAGGACCUCUGUUCUCCUCUCACCUCUCCUUCUGGCUCUUAUAUCACAGCAGAGGGGGGGAGCUGGACAUCCUCUUAUACAUCCUCCACCUCACCCUCCACUUCUCCCAACCUGCUUCUUGCGGAAGAAACACAAGAGGCCCCAGCUUGCUUUGUGAGCUCCUUAUCAGAGAUUGGAGAUGAAGCUGGGGAAGAAAGGGGACGACUGAGUGCAGAAAGGAAGGAGGAAAGAGCUGGGGACUAUUGUCUGUACCAUCCUGAGGAUUUUGUUAUGAAUUCUCGAAUAGGAAUUACAGACACAAUAAUCCCUGAGGAAGAUGAGGCUCUAAAAGGGGAGGACAUCAAUAUUUCCAGAGAAAGUUGUCGUCCUUGCUGGGUGACUGAUAAUACACCUCCAACAAGGAGCAGUAGCAGCAGUGACUCACAGGAGGAUGGGGGAGAGUCUGAAAGUUCACUUUGCCCGGUGGAAGAGGCCAGUUCAGAGAGAGCAGAGUACUCUAGGCCCAUACAGACAGGUCUGACACUCCAACUGGAAGAAUGUACAUCCCAGGAUCAUUAUGGACCUGUUGAUACCCACCCAGAUCUUUCCUCCACUGCACUGACUCCCGACACAGAGAACAUGACUAUGGCCUCUUCUAGCAUCAGCCCUGACUUACCCAUCCACCCCCUUGAUGCCUUCUGUCCAGGAGCCUUUGAUAGCCUUGGUCCUAGUUCUUUCAUACUCUCCCAGGCAGCAUGUGCUGAUGAUACACUAGAUGACGAAAUGAUGAUCCCUGCCUCACUCAUCUCCUUUCCCAUCCACACCAGCCUGAUCUUUAGGGCUGACUCGAUGGAAAUCACCCUCUUCCCCACAGAGGAAGAAAAUGAAAUUGAAGUCAAUGACAGAAAUGAAAGAAAGGAUGUUGAUGCAUAUGCUGCAGGAGAGGAGGAAGCAGAUGUAGAAGAUGGUGAUGAUGAUGAAGAGGAUGAUGAUGAUGAUGAUGAUGAUGAUGAUGAUGACGAUUAUGAUUAUGAUGAUGAUGGCAAUGCCACAGCCGCUCCUGAUAGUGAUGAAGAUGAGGAGAAUGAUAAAGAUGAUAACAGUAACGGGCUGGAUGGAGAUGGUGAGGAAGCUCAAGUAGAGGUGAAAGUGGUAGAAGACGAAGAGGAGGAAGAAGAGGAGGAAGAAGAUGGCGAUGAUGAUGAGUGUGACAUCAAAGCAGUAGAAGAUCCUACUGAUGAGGACAGCUCAGCAUCUUUCCUUCAUUCACUUUCAGAAACAUCUAUCAAUGAGGGGUUAGAUGAAUCCUUUUGUUUCCAAGAUGAUACAGAUGACUCAUUAGAUUCUGCCUCUUAUAAUGGGGAGGAAGAUGAAAGCCUGUACAGCACUGAGAGACAUGCACAAUCACUUGAACCCAUGCCAGUGGAUGGACUUGAAUUGACUGAAAUCCAAGUAGAACCUGAAGAGGAACUGAGUCAAACUGAACCUUUGCACACACAACUGAGUAUGGAUAAGCUAAUGGAUCACCCCCAAACCACCUGUCCUUCUGAAACCACUGCUUUGCAUCCUGAAGGUGUAGAAACUAAACUUCUAGGUGUAUCUGUAACCCCUGAACUCCAAUCAGACCCUGACUGUGAAUCAACCAGUGCAGCAGGGGAGACAAAAACUUUGCACAUGGAAGUAAGGACAGAUAAAGCUGUGGAUAACCAGAAACUGUUUCUUCCUUCUGAAGCAAAUUCUUGUCAGCUAGAAUCUAACACUAACCAGAAUGAGAACAAAGAAAAGAGGGAGAUGAUGAAUCACAGUCUUUCUUCUAGCCCUCUCAUGGAGCCUAAGGAAAUCUCUCAUUUAAAUGCAUCUACCACUUCUUUUACCCAUGCAUCACUGGACUCUGCUACUGAGUCCCAAACCGUUCCUCCUUCUGUCCAGGAGACAACAAACCUGAACAAUUCCGUCCUUUCGGAUGAACUGCCAACAGAAAAUCCCAAUGUGAAAGCUGACGACACUAAAGAACCUGAGAGUGACUCUUUCAAAUUGCUCAUUAAGCCUCGUCAUAACUACCCAGAAAGCCAAAAGACCAUAGGAGCAAGUAGAGUUGCAUUAUCAAAGUCCUUCUCCAGUAAAUAUGAUGUGCCUGUACAGGUGGAAGAAGGGGUAGGUAUGCACAGCGACUCUGGCAGUGAGCCUCACCAGAAGAAUGGAAAUACAUCAGCUGAGUCUAUAAGUGUGGAGUGUAGAAUCAAUAAUUCUGGCUCCCCAUUGAAGAUGGUGUCUGCUACCAAUGACUUAAAUAAGGGUGUGCUUCUUCUGUCUUGCCCUAAAGACCCAAGUCCCAACCCAAGUAAUAUCCCUGUGUCUGUCUCCCCAGAAGUCAUUUCAGAACUUCCUGAUAACCUGGCUCUGACUCCUGAACACUGUGCUGGUGACUCUGCUCAGGAAAACCUAAGGGAGAAUACUCUGAGUACUGAUGAGGGGGUUCUUGGAGCUGUUGGGUCCUCACACUCCCCACUUGCCAUUUCCCCCAAAAGAGAAAAUUCAGAAACUGACACAAGCAGAGAGCAGGGUCCUGGAGCUGGGGCAUGGUCUGACACCAGAAUGGGGUUGGGUUUUGAACUAGGGUUUGGAUCAGGGGCUGAGUUUGGUAUCUGGGGAGCAGGAGAGUCCCUAUCUUUGUCUCUGGGAAAGAGGUAUGAAUUAGAGUCUGAAAGCCUGCUAAUGUGUGACACAGAAGGCCAAAGCAUGCAGACAGCUAUGGUUUCUAAUAUGAGCAGUGAAGUGUGCAAAAAUUAUGAAAAUGUUCUGGGUUCAAUUCUUGAUGAUGAAGAUAACAACAGUCUUUGUGGAAAGAAGGAGCAAAUGGUGGAUAAAGAUUUGGUUGGAGAGGGAGUUUCUGAUUUCAACUUGGCUCGUUGGAAGUCCAUUGAGGAGAUCUCAGAAGCGGGUGGAGGAGAGGAUGGAAGCUCUAGAUUCCCAGAGGAUGUUAGUAAUUUGAAUCCAGACAAUGAUGACGACUAUGCAGACACACUAAUACAAGACACUUGGAGGAGUUCCAAUGACUCUGCCUUUGAUUCCUUGGAAGUAGGCCUGUUUGGAAGUUUGAAUGCUCUGUCAGAGGAAGUGAGACCCCAGAGUGUGAAUGUCAGUGCUAGAGAGUCUGUAUCUAAUAUUCCACUUGAAGAGAUGCCUCUGCAGGUUUCAGACGAGACUCCUGAUGAAGACCAAGAACUAACAGCAAGACCCAAAAACCAAACAUCAGACACAGUACAGACACCAGUCCCAAAGGAAGCUGUUUGUAGGUUUUCAGCAUCCAUGACUGACACUAACAUAGAUGCAGCUGGAAUAACUAAACACCCUGAUUCACCAGCUAAAGCCAAAUCAAGAUGUGAUGAUACCCCAGAGUGUCAAUCAAUCACUCGAGAAAGUAAUGCAUUUUCCUUGCCACAGGGGACAUUUGGAUACUUUACUCCUAAAUGUAAAUCAGAUAUUUCCAGACCAAGAGGGUCUUAUGAAGACAAGGUGGAAAAUAACAUUUCUCCACUGGUAACAGAGAUGGAGCAGCUUCAGACUGAUAGCCAAAGCAAAUGUGAUGUCAGCCCUGUGAGGAACAGAACUGUUAAUGAACCAAAGACUAAAGAUGCCUUUAGAGGACAGGAUUGUGUUUGUACCUCAGGGGAAGAAGAUGAGGAAAGCAGAGAACAAGAGAGAGAAAGAGUGAAAGAUAAAAACCAAAAGGAAAGAAAAUCAUCUUCUGCACAGAAUGGCUCAGAGCACUUUGCACACACACCUAAGGGUGGGCCUUGCACAGAUACACAAGUUGCUGCUACAAAAGGGAGGAGAAGGAGGCAGAAUAAACGCAGGGCAUCUCUGACAGGAAGCAAUACUGAUUUUAGCCCGGAAUUUAUUGAAGAUACAAAGAACGUUUCUGUUCCAUUAAAUGCUAGAACAGAUGGGUGGUCAAAGGAGACUGCAGGCAGUUCUAAAACUACAACAGCCUGUAAUGAAAACAACAACAUUUCAUCGUCAGACAAUCAACAGAGGACAUCUGUGGAAAGCAAAGCUGAAUCUGGUUCACAGAUACAGGGACGUAACAGUUCCAGCCCUGAUGUCAAAAGUCCAAGACAAGGACACUGCAGUUCUACCACAAAUACACCAGGCAACCUCAAUACUGUGGUGGACCUGAAGCAAAACUUUAAUCAAAAGCAGGAAGUGCUUGAUAACAGACCACUAACUGAUACUCUGAGAGGAAUCACCGUGGACAUAAAUGACAAUAACAUAAAUACUGACUCCAGCGUACAGAAUGAGAGUACCACAUCAAACUCCAUGACUCCACUUUCUUUAUCUUCCAUGUCCUCCUCCUCCCUUCCUUGUGCCUCAGCAGAGCCAGAGAAUGGCCUUUCCACACCUGUCCAAGAAUCCCAACCUGCCCUCUCUGCCCAACAAGAAUCUUCACUAUCUAUAAGUCACACCAACCCUUCCCUUUUCUCUACCUCCCCAACAGCACAGCAACCCCCUGACUCUGGAUUUCCUCCAAACAACAACAUCCAAGAGGUCACUGAAGUAUUUUCUACGCCAACAGCAUCUGCCACAAAUGUCUCUUUGCCCUCACUGCCCACUGCCAUGCCAUUAAACUUGUCACAGGCUACCCAGGAGACAGGGAGUCUAGACUUGGUUUCUGUUCCAGGCUCUUCUUCCCACCCACAAUCUCAGUCUUAUUUACAAGCUCAGACUGCUGUCAACGUCCAGCCUCACAAGCAAAUCAAACAAGGUCAGACAUGGAGCAACCUAGACAGGUGCAGAGGUUCAUCUUUGGCUGAAGAGGAGACAGACAGUGAGGAGGAUGGUGGAUGGUUUCAACAAGGUUGGAGAUCUGAGCCCAGAGGUGUUGCAGGAAACAAAAACGGAUCAUCACAAAAUGAGUCUGGUCUUGUCAGUCAAAAGGAAAUUCAACCGUUCUCUGCUCAUCAAGUGGCUGACAGACAGUCACUCUGUCCAAUCAACCACAACCACAGUAUUUCUGAAGAGAUAGACCUCUCUUUACAAAACAACUGUUCCAUGUUGGCUUCCUGUAAUGAGUCUGAGAGUGAAGGUUCAGUACCUGAGCUUGAAGAGCCAGGGCCACUAAGACCAUCAGAGCCACAGUCUAUUUCUUCUGCAGAUGAAGGGCUGAACAGGCCAAAACAGAGCCGCAGUGAGAAGAAGGCCCGCAAGGCCAUGUCUAAACUGGGUCUGAAGCCAGUCCACGGUGUGACUAGAAUAACUAUUAGGAAGUCGAAGAGUAUCUUGUUCGUCAUCAGCAGACCAGAUGUAUUUAAAAGCCCCGUGUCAGACAUUUAUAUUGUAUUUGGAGAGGCAAAGAUUGAGGACCUAUCUCAGCAGGCUCACAAAGCAGCUGCAGAGAAAUUCAAGGUGCCUGUGACGUCAUCACCUUUAGCCCCACCCGUCCCGCCCAGCCUCACCAUCAAGGAAGAGAGUGAAGAAGAGGAAGAGGAGGUGGACGAAGGAGGUCUUGAACAGAGAGACAUCGAACUGGUGAUGGCUCAGGCCAAUGUGUCACGAGCCAAGGCCGUCCGUGCACUGAAACACAACAAGAAUGACAUUGUGAAUGCUAUCAUGGAGCUGACCAUGUGAGUGAGACCUGAGAAAAAGAAGAAACUAUUCCUGACUCUCUUAUUCCAGCCUAUAAAGCCUAAACACCAGUGACUCCUCUGUAUCGCUGCUGCUGUAUGUUGCAUCCCCAGUAACUGCUAAAUAAAGUCUGUUCCAGCGUGG